AUGUUACAGCCCAAUCAAUUAAUCGUCGAUGACGCUAUUAAAAAUGAUAAUAGUGUUAUUGCAUUAUCAUUUCAAAAAAUGAAACAAUUAAAUUUAUAUACAGGUGCUACAGUUAUACUUCAAGGUUGUCAAGAAACAGUUUGUGCCGUUGACAUUGGUUUAUGUCCAACUGAUCGUAUUCAAAUGAAUCGUGCUGUACGAAAUAAUUUACGUGUAUGUUUAGGUGAUAUUGUUUCAAUUGAAGGCUGUCUAGAUGUUAAAGAUGGUGAACGUAUAGAUGUUUUACCUGUUGAUGAUACUGUACACGGAAUAACAGGCAAUCUAUUGGAAGUUUAUUUAAAGCCAUAUUUUGUUGGUAAACCUUAUCGACCAGUACAUAAAGGUGAUGUUUUUAUUGUACAUGCAGCUAUGCAUGCUGUAGAAUUUAAAGUCAUUGAAACUGAACCAAGUCCUUACUGUAUUGUUACACCAGAUACAGUUAUACGUUGUGGAGAUAAUCCAAUUAAACGUGAAGAAGAAGAAAUAUCUUUAAAUGAAAUUGGUUAUGAUGAUAUUGGUGGUGUUAGUAAACAAUUAGCACAAAUUAAGAAAAUGGUUGAAUUAUCACUAAAAUAUCCACAACUAUUCAAAACAAUUGAUGUUAAACCACCACGACGUAUUCUUUUAUAUGGACCACUAGGCACAGGUAAAACUUUAAUUGCACGUGCCGUGGCUAAUGAAACUGGUGCAUUUUUCUUUUUAAUCCAUGGAUCGGAAAUUAUGUCUAAAUUACCUGGUGAAUCUGAAUUAAAUUUACGUAAAGUAUUUGAAGAAGCUAAAAAGAAUGCUCCAGCUAUUAUUUUCAUCGAUAAACUUGAUGUAAUUGCACCAAAGCGUGAACAAAAGUCAUGGUGA